GAAAAAAAGAAAAGAAGAGAUUACAGAUAGAGAGUCUGUGUGCGUGUUUGUAAGUACGUUAUAUGGAUCAGUCGACUGGUCUGGUCUGGAUGAAUUAUAUACUAACUAUGAGAGCCAUAUCCCUCUUCUUAAGUGGCGAGGAUCACUUGGCGAAGACGAAUGGCGAAGGCUACUGAUGUGUCUGCACUAAAUGCAUUUGCAUUAGGUGUGUGGUGCUUAGUCCAUCUAAAAUCCGGUUUCGGCAAUCUAUGUAUAAUACAAUUGGGAAAAAGAGAGUGUGUGUGGAGCAAUUUUUUUUUUUUUGCCUCUGUCAAUUAUUAAUUGACAGUUGUCAGAGCUACCGUGGUACGUAGUUUAAUAAUAGUAAAAUGUAACAUUCAAUUCCAAUUAAAAAAUUUUCCGGGUGCUUCACAGAAACAGUGCGGGAUAACGGGCACACACACGACACAACAUCUUGGAAUGUGUACUGUUCACGUUGUCCUUCUACGCUGUUCUUUUGUAUUCUGCCUUGCUUAACAAAAACAAAAAAAGAGGGGGGGGGGAGCCCUUGCGUUAGAAUGAUAGAUGUGGCUAAGAGAGAUAGAGACGAAUAUGUAAAAACAGAUAUGUAAUGUGAGAAAGGAAAGAAUGUAAUGUAAUGUUUAUGCGGUAUUAUUUCAUUAAUACCAGUUUAACAUCUAUUCUUCUCCCACCACCACCUUCGUAGUAUGACAUGGCAUAAACAAUACAUCUACUACAUCUAAAUUAUAUCCCUUCAUUUGUGUACAUUUUCUGGUACGAAUGGAAAACGCAGGAGGAAGAGGAAAUAGAGAUAAGAGAUGGAGAUAAAUAAUAAUGAUAAUAGUAGUAAUAAUAAUAGUUAUAAUUACGGUAAUAAAGAGUAAAAAUAAACAAGUGGUGUAGUCAUUAGCCCCUCAGUAGACGAUUUAAAUCUAUUCUACCCUGCCUGGCUUUAUUUGCUGUCAUUCAUCUUGGUUAAAGACACUAUAGAAUGAGAUAAAAAGAAACAAAAGAAAAAGGAGUAAAAAGAAAGAAAAGAAGGAAAUACCAAUCUCACAGCCCGAGGGAAAACCGGAAAGGGUCUUGAGUGAAUUAACGGCCGUUGUUGUCGUUAUGGUCGUGUUGUUUAUUGUUUAUUCUUCAUUUUCCCUAUCUGUUAAAACGACACGUUGGAAAAAAAGCUGUAAAUGGCUGUAGACGAGGCGACAAUGUCUAUAUUUGUCAUCGAUGAGUUGUGG